AUGCAUCCUCAAGUGCCAGACGCUCAUCAUUCCUCUAGCCAAGGUAGUCUUCGUGUCGUGCUCCAGGAUCCCGCACGACCAAUCACAAGGCGAGAGCGCCUUCCCUGCUCAGUACCGCAGACCGAGGAACAAUGGCAAAGUUGUAGGUCGGCGCAUGGCUUGGACACUCUGGAGAACAUUCUCAACAAGAUAGCAAGGUUUGAGCAGUUGGAUCGUCACGAGCUAGACCCUUGGGAGAAGUUGGUCAUUAUUGCAGCAACGAUAGUUGAUUUGUCUAUUGGACAUGACGAGGACGCGUUGGAGCUCGGAAGAGUCUACGCCUACCGUCUCGGUUAUAGCACACGCCGCAGAGAUAGGGCUGCAGUGCUCGGCUUCAUCCAACUACUCGACCGUCUCUAUGCCGGCCUGGAACACCGUGCUUUCGAGCUGCUGGUGAUUUGGAACGUUCCUCCGUCAAGUCUCCGUCUGUGGACUUCCAACAGUUUUGAAGAAACAUUUUCUGAGUUCUCAGGAACUAUUCUCGAGCCCAAGAAAGAGAUACAGGCUUCCGUUCCAUUCUAUAUUCCUUUUUUAGUGAAGCUCUUGCGACCCCAGUACACCCUGAAUCAAAUUCAGAAGACUCUCAAGACUAAAGCCCUGACCUCAUACGAUUGGGACACAUUCCAAAGGACAUGUAGAGAUCGGCAGUACGUGUCUUGUCUCCUCAGCACUCUAGGUGACUUCCGCACGCCACAUUGCCAAACUGAAACGACCACGUCACAGCCAUCACAAGAGUUGUUAGCGCCCAACCACAAGGACGAGUCUGACUCGAGCAGCGCCGUGCAUCUCGAUAAGUUGUACCGUGGUAUUCUCUAUGUUUCGAUCACUGGCUAUACCACAUUUGAUAUCUCACAUGAACUCCGGCGACAAGCUUCACGAGCCGAAAAGGAGCAAAGCGUCUGCAAUCGAAUAGAGAAAAAUGGCACUCGUAUUAAGCAGUAUAGCUGGUCCGACGAAUAUCAUCUGCCUGUGGCUAACCAAGCCAUUGAUGACUUGGUAAGUGUGCUGGUCUACAUGAGGAGAAACAUGCUAAGUAAAAAGGCGCAAGCAGGCAUCUUAUGUCGAGAAGAUGUCUUCAGGCAGAAAGUUUAUGUCCAACAUCGUGGCGAGCUCAAAGUCAAGAUGUCAAAAUUGCAGGUUAUUAUACCUACUACAUCACCAAAAGAGCCCCUGUUUGUAUCACUAAGCAGCUCUGAGCUUAGCAGUUCACAGUUUAGACACAGGAUUGCUUGGAGGGUCAACCGUGGGCUUUUACUUGAACAAGGCACAGUUUUAUCGACAACCGAAAGUGUUUUCUUCAUCUCAAUGGCGACGUCUUUAGAUUAA